UCUAGUAGACGCCUGUGUCCCUGUCUCAUUGCAAACUUUGCUUCAGUCUUGUUGCAUCUCCAGUGUUUUACCAUUUGCAGUGGUUUAUUGGAUCAGAAGGCAGAUGAUGAAGGCAAUGGUGGUCCUGGGUGCACUGCUGACCGUUGUGUGUCAGGUCAGCAGCGGUCAGGUGAAGCAGAGCGAUCUGAACCCAGCUGUGCUGAACCCAUGGAGACACAGGAGAGCAGGUCCACAGGUCAGGGUGAAGAGAGACUGGGUCAUUCCACCAAUCCGAGUCUCAGAAAACAGCAAGCAGCUCCCUGAAGAUCUGGUCCAGAUUAAAUCCGACAAGGUUUUCACCGGAGAGGUGAUAUACAAGCUGGAGGGACCUGGGGUUGACCAGGACCCCAAAGGCCUCUUUGAAAUUGAUGAUAAAACAGGUUGGAUCAAGAGCAAAAUGCCACUGGACAGGGAAAAACACAAGAGUUUUAAGCUCAAAGCCUUUGCACUCUCACCAAGUGGAGAGAGACUGGAAAGUCCCACCACCAUUGAGAUCUACGUUCUAGAUCAGAAUGACCACAGGCCUGAAUUUACCCAGAAGGAGUUCAUUGGCACUAUCCCAGAGUUCUCUGUUCCAGGAACUUCAGUGAUGCAGGUGACAGCAAUCGAUUCUGAUGAUCCACUGACAGAGAACGCCGCUCUGAGCUUCUCCAUCAUUGGGCAAGAGAGUAACCCUCCCAACAGCAUUAACAAGACCAUGUUUGGCAUUAACAACAAAACUGGAGUCAUCUACAUACGAGAUGUGGGACUAGACAGAGAUGUGGUGCAGUCCUUCAGGCUGACUCUGCAGGUGGCUGACAUGUCUGGAAUGGGUCUAACCUCCACUGGUCGUGCCAUCAUUCACAUCUCUGACAUUAACAACCACGCUCCCAAAUUCCAGCCUACCGUGUACAACAUGUACGCAAUGGAGAACCAGCUCCUCGCUGAGGUGGGCCGGGUCAAUGCCACAGAUAAGGACCAGAAAGGUGGAGAUAACUGGAGGAUCAAGUACACCAUCAAAAAGGGAAAUACUUUAGGACACUUUGCCAUCCGCACAGACCCAGUCUCCAACCAAGGCAUCAUUUUUGUGGUUAAGCCUCUAGACUAUGAAUCGCAGGCAGAGUACCAGCUCAUUGUAACAGCAGAGAAUGAAGUCAGCCUUAAAGCCCCAUAUGAACAAAUACACAGUGCUACAGUCACCGUCAGAGUGAUGAAUGAAAACGAGGCCCCGGUCUUCCAUAAAAACCCCAUUAAAGUCACUGUCGCCGAGUCUGUUGUUCCCGGUACUGUGCUGGUCUCAGAUAUUGCUCAUGAUCCAGAUAAUGCCAAGCUAAGGUUUGAAAUCAUUCAGGAUCCCGAGGGUUGGCUUGCUAUCAACCAUGCGAAUGGCCAGAUCACUGCCAGAAGAACCUUCAACAUCCGAUCUCCCCACGUCAGGAACAACAUUUACUCUGCCGUCGUGAAGGUCACAGAUCAGGAUGCAGAUGGCAUCUCUGCAACAGCGACUCUGGAGGUCCAUCUGUGGGAGACCAAUGAUUACCCACCAGUGCUGAGACCCUCGAGUGGGACCGUGUGCAGUGACCGGGACAGAGAUAAACUGGGCCUGCUGCUCAGUGCAGUGGAUGAGGACAUGUCCCCUCAAGCUGACCCCUUCACUUUUACCAUCGCUGACCAAAACGUAGCUGCCAAUUGGACCAUCAUAACUUUCAAUGAGACCCAUGCCAUUCUCCAGCCUCUGAUAGACAUCGAGAGAGGCGAGUUCUCUAUUCCUGUGGUCGUGUCAGACUCGGGCUCCCCGUCACUUUCCUCUAACGCUCUGGUCAACGUGACCGUUUGUCCCUGUGACAGUUUCGGUGACUGCAAGAGCUUCACCGCAGCCAUCUUUGGAGCCAAAAUGGGAAUAAGCUUCAUUGCCCUUAUGAUUAUUAUAGGAAGCGUUGCUUUUCUGUUCUUGCUUCUUCUUCUCGCCGUGGCGGUGAGGGGCUGCACAAGGAAGAACAUUGGAAAAGGAGGAAGUCUGCUGGUCGGAGCGUCUGACGACGACAUCCGAGACAAUGUCUUUCACUACGAUGAGCAGGGAGGAGGAGAAGAGGAUGAAGAUGCAUUUAAUAUCGAUUUUCUGAGGAACCCACGUGACAUGGUUCCUGCCCCGGCCUCAUUUUUCCCACAAGACUGUGGCCUGCCCAGAGGAAAACAACCUCUAAGGAAAGACGCACCCCAUAACCUGCCGUCUCCUACAUAUCCACGCAAAACCCCCGGAGACCCAACCGACAUAGAAGAGUUCAUCAAUGUUGGCCUGGACGCUGCUGACAAUGACCUGAACGUCCCACCGUACGACACAGCGCUGAUUUAUGACUAUGAGGGCGACGGCUCGGUCGCAGGCAGCCUCAGCUCCAUCGCCUCCAUGGGCUCAGAUGGUGACCAGGACUACGACUACCUCAACGACUGGGGGCCGCGCUUUAAAAAACUGGCGAACAUGUACGACCCACGUUAGACGCCAGACUGACUCUUUCAUUCAAGACGUCCAGACACUCUCAUACAUGCAUGUCCUUCAAAUCUCCAUGCAAACACAUCUUCUAUAUGAGAGAGUGCUCAUGAUGUACAUUAUUAAUUAUUAUAGAUAAAUGGACUAUUUAUCCCCCAGUGAUAAAGGUCAUCAGUGUUAGAAGAGAGAAUGCACACACUAUGUCCCUUUCCUUCUGGAUCAGUGGAUCUUCGUAAUGAUGUGACUCACACAUGGCUCUUACUGUGAAAACUGAUUAGACAUGGUGCAAAAAGGGAUGCCUUGUUCAUAAAAUGUGUGUCAUGUCCUUGAGGGAUUAUUUUAGCUGAUGACCAAUACUGAGGUUCGCUGAGCAUGUGGGGUAAACGGAAAGAAUUAUGCACCCGAAAAUGAUCCACUUAUUCACUCAUAUCCGUCAUUCUAAACCCAUAUGACUUUCUUUCAUUCAUGGAACACAGAAGGAGAUUUUUUUAUAUUUUGUUGAAUUUCAGCUGCUCUUUUAUAUAUACAUAUAUGCUUUUAUAUCUGCUCUUUUUUAUGUAUAUAUACAUACAUACUUAUUAGGGGUGGGCGAUAUGACCAAAAUCUUACAUCACCAAUAACAAAGAAACUAAUUACAAGCAUAUAGGAAAACAAACUACAAUAGACACAAAGACACAAAUGAAAUAGACCUGAAAAACUUCAAGCACUAGAAAUAAGAAAUACUUGUAUAAAGUAAUCAAAUGUAUAUAAAAAAAGACUGCAUAAUAUUCACUGUGUAAAUUAAAUAUACAAUUAUUCUUAUUAAAGCUACAAAAGUGAUUCAGUCAAGAGCAGUGAGUGACAUUAAUGACACAGACGGCAGCAGGUUUAUUAGGCUGCUGUCACUUUAAGACCAGAUGCACUGAUUUAAUAUAAUGUUACACAUGCGCUUUUUCGCAACUGUUUACAUUCACUAAACACAUAAAAGACUGUGUUUAUGAAGAUACUUGCAAAGACGGACAUUUUGACACACAAGUGUUUAUUUAACCUUUCAAGCCCAAUUAGAUGGCAAAAAGAGCUCAGUUCAGUCCUCACACUGUAUGAGCAGCAGCUUCAUAGAGGCCAUAGAAACGAUAGUCCAAAAUCAAAUUUCUACCAGUUAAUCAUGUCUACCAGUAUUUCGCCCAACCCUAAUAUACAUAUAUACGCAAUGAAAAUUCCACAUUCAUGUAGUCAGAUAUGAUAACACCAAAGGACAUUGGUUUAAGCAUGUAAUGAAUAAUGAAAUGGCAAGUUUGAAUAUGAGAAAGUGGCAAUGAGAUCUUUUAAAUCCUAUGUGAUUUAAAUAAAGCGUGUUUGAGCCAAUACAGGCGAUUGGAUUGCAAAAGUACGGUAAUCAAAGGAUAUAAAGAGAAAGUAAAAAAAAAAAUAGUUUGUUAAUCAAUGGCAAAACACCAUGUAAUACUGCAGAUGCCACGUCCUCAUCUGCUCCUCACAAAAAAGCAAUCAUAGACUUCGUAUAUUGCGCACAUGUCGGAUAAACUAGUUUUAUGGAAAAGAGCAGCUUGGAAAUUCUGCUACAUAUAUUCUUGUGUGUUUUAAUGUGAGAAAGAAAGUCAUAUUCCUUAAAAAAAAAAAAAAAAAAAACUAUUGAUUGUUCAGUAAUGUUUUUUUUAAGACAUUUUAAACUUGAGAACUUUUGAUCAAUUGUUCUUAUCUCUUGUUUUUUUAUAUAUAAGACUAGUAUACUGUGUAAUAUAUUUGCUUGUAAUACUAUUUUUUGCAAUUUAACUUCAAAAGUAAACCCAAGACACGUGUAAAUUUUAGGAGGAUCUACUGACAGAAAUGCAAUAUAAUAUACAUAACUCUGUUUUCAGUGGUGGUGUAUAAAGACCUUACAUAAUGAACCAUUAUGUUUUUUUUUAUCUUAUAAUGAGCCAUUUCUAUCUACAUACACCACGGGUCCCCUUACAUAGAAGUCGCCAUUUUGCGCCGCCAUGUUUCUACAGUAGCCCUAAACGGACAAACUGCUCUACAGAGUGCGUUUGCUUGACUGGCUACUCUCUGUUGUCUCAGAAUCUUUGUCCUGUGUCGGCCACCGUAGCUUCUCUAUAUUGCAAUUCGCAACCGCACCGCUAGAUGCCGCUAAAAUUUACACACUGCACCUUUAAAGAGCCUUAAUAUUAGUAACACUUAUUGUCAAAUGCAGCGUAACAACGUUUGUACAUAUUUUUGUUUUCACCUUCAGGAACACAAGUUUUUCAUAAUUACAUAAUACCUAUUAUUAUUAUUUUGUUUUGUUUCUCAAUUUUGAUCUACAUAGUUUUGUUUUUAAUAUUUAUUUCAUAAGAAAAAUUGAAAUGCUGUCAUUAUCUUUACAGUUAUGAAUAAAAGCUUUGAACGAUG